GUCUGUUUUAUUUUGCUUGUGGCGAUGGGUGGAUGGGUAUGUCUUUGUCUGGCGUUACUGGCAUCAUACUUGCAAGUUGUUUCAGCUGGAAGCAGUCUUAUGAAGUGCAACCUGGGCACUACACUGUGCAAGGAUGGCUCAGAAUGCAUCCCCUACAGCCAUGUUUGUGAUGGAGAGUCAGACUGUAAGGAUGGCUCUGAUGAAGAAGACUGUGAAUCUGGAUGUGGUGAUGAUCAGUUCCAGUGUGCCCAUGGCAUGAAGUGUAUAGACAAGGACCAUGUGUGCGAUGGUGUUCCUCAGUGUCAGGACCUCUCAGACGAACAGCACUGCAUGAAGCAAACUGAAGACUGUGCUCACCGAUGUGACAAGAAUCGCUGCCUGCCUGCGAGCUUCAUAUGUGAUGGGGAGAAGGACUGUUUGGAUGGCACUGAUGAAGCUACCUGUGAGGAUCCAGAUGAUGUUAACGCAGCUCCUGUGCCUGCUCCCUUUGGCCCAUCUCGUCCCAUCAGAUGCUCUUUGGGCACCAAAUCCUGCAAAGACAACUCUGACUGUGUUCACUACGACCAUGUCUGUGACGGGGAGGCAGACUGCAGAGACGGCUCUGAUGAGGAAAACUGCUUAUCAGAAUGUGAAAGUAACCAGUUUCAGUGUGCUCAUGGAAAGAAAUGCAUAGAAAAGGUCCAGGUGUGUGACGGUGUACCUCAGUGUCAGGACCGCUCGGAUGAACUGGAAUGUGCCAAGCGCAUGGAGGGCUGUGAGCACCAAUGUGAUGACGAGAGCCGCUGCAUUCCCAGCAGCUUCCUCUGUGAUGGGGAGAGCGACUGCAGCGACGGCAGUGAUGAGGCAACCUGUGGUGAACAAGAGUGCAGUGCUACAGAGUUCAGAUGUGCCAGUGGCCAGUGUGUGUCUGCCUCAGUGCGCUGUGACGGUCACCCAGACUGUUGGGACGGCUCGGAUGAGGAGGCCUGCACCAAAGCGCCAGUCUGCACUACCAAACACCGCUGCCCCCAAAGUAAGGAGUGUCUGGUGCAAGAGUGGCUUUGUGAUGGAGACCAGGACUGCAAAGAUGGCUCGGAUGAAAAGGAUUGUCCUGUGGCUCCUCUGAUCUGUGGUGACUUCCAGUGGUCCUGUAAGUCCAAGACUAGGUGUGUUCCUGCAGCCUGGAGGUGCGAUGGGAUGAAGGAUUGUGACGAUGGCAGUGAUGAGAAUGAAUGUGGGACGGUGACGUGCCUCCCUCAUGAGUUCCAGUGUGGCAGUCGGGAGUGCUUGAACGUGGGUCUGGUCUGCAAUGGGAUCACAAACUGUGCAGAUGGUUCAGACGAGGGAGGCAGCUGCCAAACGGCCUGUGCAGAAGAUGACUCGCACUGUUCUCAAGGCUGCUACAGCACACCACAGGGACCUCGCUGUCGCUGUGCAGAUGGGUACAAGCUGAAGGAGGAUGGGGCGACCUGUGUCGAUGUAAAUGAGUGUGAAGACAAGACGCCAGGGGAGUGCAGUCACCUGUGCAUUAAUACUCCAGGAUCAUACCAAUGUGACUGCCAUCCAGGCUUCAUUAUGGAGGCACGUGGACGCCUGUGCAAGAUCACAGGUGAACCCUUCCUGCUAACAUCGAUCCAAACGGAGCUCUACUUGUUGGGCUUGCGCAGUGGAAGUCUAGACAUUUUGUCAUCCACUUCCAAAAAGGCAGUUUUGUCUCUGGACUAUGACUGGAGGGAUCAGAAAGUGUUCUGGGUCAGUGUGGACACGGAGACGAUUGGCUGGUCUUCAAUGGACCAGAAGACCACAGGAAUCCUGAUAAAAGGUGUCAGGGCUGACUCUGUUGCUGUGGACUGGCUUGGUCGAAACCUGUACUGGAUCGAUGGUGUGAACAGUCAGAUCGUUGCUGUCAGACUUGCAAAAACCUCCGUGAAAUCUGCGGACAGAAGUGUCAUCUUGGAUGAAGACCUGGAUCAGCCUCGCUCUCUAGCCUUGCUGCCACAAAAAAGGCUCAUGUUCUGGACUGAAAUUGGUAAUGUGGUGAAGAUUGAGCGUGCUGGGAUGGAUGGAUCAGAGAGGAGGGCGGUGGUGAACUCUAGUUUAGGCUGGCCUGGUGGAAUUGCAGUAGACUCCAUCUCUGAAAGGAUCUACUGGACAGACGAAAGACUAAAGGCCAUUGGAUCUUCAACACUGGAUGGAGAGGAUAUUAAGAUUCUUCAGAUGAAGGAGACAACAAAUCCGUUCUCUGUGGCUGUAUUCAAUGACAUGCUUUAUUGGUCUGAUGCCAAGAAGAGGACAGUUCAAGCUGCUAAUGUCUCUGGCAAAAACCGUCAAACUCUCCUGAAACGACCAGGACAGCCUUUUGCUGUGAAAGUAAUCCACCCAAUACUCCAGAUGAACACCGACAGCCCCUGCAAGAAGACUGACUGUUCCCACAUGUGUGUCCUGGCUCCAAGACUCAAAGCAGUCUGCAAGUGUCCCUCUGGUCUCCUGCUGGCUGAGGAUGGUUUGACCUGUUCCAGUCGGGUUUCUUCAACGUUCCUGCUGCUACUGUCUCCCUCAACUGUCUCAAAGGUCUAUUUGCCAUCUCGGCAAGAAGCUGCUGAGUUAAAGGGCUGGCCUGAGCACAUGGCACUGCAAAUCCCCAACAUCAAUGAAGCCACCAUCAUGGACUACAGCCUGCAAGACAAUACUCUGAUUAUAACGGAUGAUGGCACGACUUCAAUCAACUCCUUCAAGCUGAAGGACUCUGUUCUAAUCUCCCAGAGACAGCUUCUGAAACUAGAUGAUGCCAUCACUGCCAUGGCCCUUGACUGGGUGACCCUUAACGUGUACUGGAGUAGCAAACAGCCGCGCCUUCAGGUCACUUCAAAAUCUGGUGCUUAUACAGCUGUUGUCAUUGAAGAUGGAAUUAGUGGAGUUGGUUGUAUUGCACUCCAUCCUCCCAGUGGAGCCAUGUGUUACACAAAUCUGGAUCUGCAGGAGACGAGCAGCAAGGCUGUGGUAGAAUGUGCCCAUAUGGACGGUGCACAGCGACAAGCCGUGCAUAAGGAUGCAGUCCAACCUGCCUCUCUGGUCUUUUCCAGUAAUGGGGAUACAAUCUUCUGGGUUGACAUGGGAAUAGGAACCAUAAAUUCUGUUCACGUUAAUGGAUCCGGUUAUAAAAAGCUGGAGACUGUUGAAAGCGUGACUGCGAUGGCUUUUGGUGAUGACACUCUUUUCUGGAUGACGAAGAGUGACAUGACGAGGCUUUGGUACCGCAAAGAUCAGCAGCAAAAGAAGUUGUGGUUCGAGGUUGGAACACAAGUGAUCAGCUUAAAAUCCUUCAGCAAGUCCAGUCAUUCAGGUUCCAACCCAUGUGCCCAAAACAACGGAGACUGUCAGCAUCUGUGCCUCGCCACUCCAUCAGGUCGGACAUGCAGGUGUGCCCAUGACUACGUGGCAAAGGGAACAAAGUGCACCCAGCAAGAAGGCUGUUCACCUGGCACCCGGCCAUGUUUGGACAAAACCUGCCUUCCUGAAACAAAAUUCUGUGAUGGGCAUGCUGACUGCUCUGACCACUCAGAUGAGAACUGCGGUGAUCUAAAGCCGGAGCCAGGUUCCGAGGUCUCUCCUCCCAUCCACCCUCGUGGCUCCUCUCCUCACCCGGUUUCUCCAGAACCUGAUCAGGACGACUUGUUUACUGAUCUUGUGAACCUGAUAGCUGACCAGUGCAACCAAAACCACUGCAGUGGUAACGGCCGCUGUGUGGAGACUGAAGGAGUUGUGUCAUGCGUGUGUUCAGAAGGCUACAGUGGUGCUGCCUGUCAGGAUCGUGCUGCAAAAGGCGUGCAAGGUCCAAUCAUCUACGGAGCAGCAGGUCUCUGUGCAGGGAUUGUGGUCAUUGCUGUAAUAGCAGUGGUGCUUAAAAAGAAGGGUGCUGAAACAAGGUUGGUAAUCUGAAUGGUUAAAUUUAAACUUGAUAUGCUGAACACGAUAAACUAAUCUACUUUAUAG